CCAGGGAGGCAGGGAGGCAGGGCUGUGUGUGCAGGAGAAGAGAGCAGAGAGCGGCACAGGCAGAGUUUCCCUCAGUCUCCUUGCAUCACAGAAGAGCGCAGACAAGCCAUUCGCUGUCACUGCCAUUCACUUGCCUGGGGUUGUACGCUACACCGCUCAGCCACACUCAUGAUUUACUCUGUGGGAUUCUACCAGCACUUCACUGAAUGGUCCCUUCGGAUGCUGCUGGCUGUUCGGGAGCUGCGAGAUCGCAGAGACUUGGUCCCAGGCUUUUAGCGAAUCUCCUCAGUGACCCUGUAGCCUGGCUGUGCCCCCUUUGCUCGGCGGAUCCAGUUUGCCACAUUGCUCGGGAUUUUUCUGCCCUGAAAGGAUUACUGAAGUAGGAGACAAAGUCAUUGGUGGUUGGUUGCUAGGCUUAGGUUGGCAUGAAUUCUCCCUGACUUCUUACAGGGAAUAAAUGCACUUCAGAGUGUUUGUGUAACUAUUGGCAGCCUCUUGCACUGCUGAGGAAAGUGGAGUUGUUUUUGUACUGAGCCAGAAUUUGUGCCUUCCAGUAUCAUGGGGAAGGGCAUGGAAACUGCCAGCUGCGGAGUGGGACUGGGGUGCAUCCUGCAGUUGUUCUUCCUACCUGCCCUGGCCAUACUGAGCGCCGGCAGCACCUUGGCAGCUCAAGAUGAUGACUUUUUUCAUGAACUCCCAGAAACCUUUCCAUCCGACCCACCAGAGCCAUUGCCCCAUUUCCUCAUUGAACCAGAAGAAGCUUACAUUGUGAAGAACAAACCAGUCAAUUUGUACUGUAAGGCCAGCCCUGCCACACAAAUCUACUUCAAGUGCAACAGUGAAUGGGUCCACCAAAAAGACCAUGUGGUGAAUGAAAAAGUAGAUGAAACAUCAGGUCUGAUUGUUCGAGAAGUGAGUAUAGAAAUAUCCCGGCAGCAAGUGGAGGAGCUCUUUGGUCUGGAAGAUUAUUGGUGCCAGUGUGUAGCCUGGAGCUCUGCAGGUACCACAAAAAGCAGGAAGGCAUAUGUGCGGAUAGCAUACUUAAGGAAGACUUUUGAACAAGAACCACUUGGGAAGGAAGUGUCUUUGGAACAAGAAGUUUUGCUGCAAUGUCGGCCACCUGAAGGAAUACCUGGAGCUGAGGUGGAAUGGCUGAAAAAUGAGGAUGUGAUUGAUCCCGUGGAAGAUCGGAAUUUUUAUAUCACCAUUGAUCAUAAUCUCAUUAUUAAACAAGCAAGACUUUCAGACACAGCCAAUUAUACAUGUGUGGCCAAAAACAUUGUAGGCAAAAGAAGAAGCACCACGGCAACAGUUAUUGUGUAUGUAAAUGGUGGUUGGUCUACUUGGACAGAAUGGUCUGCAUGCUCUAAUCGUUGUGGAAAAGGAUACCAGAAGCGUACCAGAACCUGCACCAAUCCUGCACCUCUUAAUGGUGGAUACAUCUGUGAAGGCCAAGGCGUCCAGAAAAUGGCUUGCACAUCAUUGUGUCCAGAGGAUGGUGAAUGGACAGCAUGGAGUAAGUGGUCUACGUGUGGGACAGAGUGCACGCAUUGGCGACGCAGAGACUGUGCAAAUCCUCCACCCAGAAAUGGAGGGAAAGACUGUGAUGGCCCAGUCCUGCAGUCCAAGAACUGCACAGAUGGAUUAUGCAUGCAAGGUUUGAUUUACCCCCAUUCACCCAGAAUCCAUGAGCAGAAAACACAAAAAGAAUAUGAAUAUUCCUCUGCUCCAAGCUCAGACAAUGUGGCACUGUACGUUGGCAUAGUGAUUGCUGUGAUUGUGUGCCUAGCCAUAUCAGUUAUUGUGGCGCUAUUUGUCUAUCGCAAGAAUCACCGGGGCUUUGAAUCUGACAUCAUUGACACUUCUGCACUAAAUGGUGGAUUUCAAGCUGUCAACAUCAAAGCAGCAAGACAAGAUCUUCUGGGAGUUCCUCCUGAUCUCACAUCUGCAGCAGCCAUGUACAGAGGGCCUGUCUAUGCCCUUCAUGAUGUCUCAGAUAAGAUUCCAAUGACAAAUUCCCCUCUGUUGGACCCUCUCCCUAAUUUGAAAAUUAAAGUGUACAAUUCCUCAGGUACUGUUACUCCUCAAGAUGACCUGUCUGACUAUACAUCAAAGCUUUCUUCACAAAUCACACAGUCCUUACUGGAGAAUGAUACUCUAAAUAUGAAGAACCAAAGCCUUGCAAGACAGACGGAUCCAUCAUGCACUGCUUUUGGAACCUUCAAUUCACUUGGAGGUCAUUUAAUUAUUCCUAAUUCAGGAGUGAGCCUGCUGAUUCCUGCCGGGGCUGUUCCUCAGGGAAGAGUGUAUGAAAUGUAUGUGACUGUUCACAGAAAAGAGAACAUGAGGCCACCAAUAGAAGACAGUCAAACAUUACUAACACCAGUAGUGAGUUGUGGGCCUCCUGGAGCUCUGAUGACCCGUCCUGUAAUUCUCACUAUGCACCACUGUGCCGAAACAACUGCGGAGGACUGGAAAAUGCAGCUUAAGGAGCAGUCUGUGCAAGGACAGUGGGAGGAUGUUGUUUUUGUUGGAGAAGAAAACUUCACCACUCCCUGUUACAUCCAGAUGGAGUCAGAAGCUUGCCAUAUACUCACAGAAACGCUAAGCACCUAUGCACUAGUUGGACAGUCGACCAGCAAAUCAUCAGCAAAGAGGCUAAAACUAGCAUUAUUUGGGCCAACAUCCUGCACUUCUCUAGAAUAUAACAUUCGAGUUUACUGUUUGGAUGACACUCAGGACGCACUUAAGGAAGUGAUACAGCAGGAAAGGAAGGUUGGAGGGCAGUUACUGGAUGAACCAAAAACUCUUCACUUCAAAGGAAGCACUCAUAACCUGCGCCUUUCCAUCCACGAUGUUCCACAUUCCCUAUGGAAAAGCAAAUUAUUAGCUAAAUAUCAGGAAAUUCCUUUCUAUCACAUCUGGAGCGGAUGCCAAAGGAACCUUCACUGCACCUUCACUCUGGAACGCUUCAGUCUGAGCACGGUAGAGUUAGUGUGCAAGCUCUGCGUCAGGCAAGUGGAAGGGGAAGGACAGAUCUUUCAGCUUAAUUGCACAGCCUCAGAGGAACCUAGCAGCAUUAUUGAUUUGCCACUCAUGGAUUCAGCUAGUACCAUUACUACAAUUGUAGGACCAAGUGCUUUCAGCAUUCCCCUAACAAUACGGCAGAAACUCUGCAGCAGCCUGGAUGCCCCUCAGACACGUGGACACGACUGGAGAAUGCUGGCCCAUAAACUAAAGUUAGACAGGUACCUUAAUUACUUUGCUACCAAACCCAGCCCCACGGGGGUCAUUUUAGAUCUCUGGGAAGCCCAGAACUACCCAGAAGGAAACCUCAGCACUCUGGCUGCAGUCCUGGAAGAGAUGGGUCGACACGAGACCAUGAUUUCAUUAGCUGGCGAAGGGAAAUAUUGAUCACCGUGUGCAAGAACAAAGGACACUUGGGAGCUCCUCACACCUUGGCAGAGUUUCACAGCUAAACAGAAGAUGGAGUAAAGUAGUCUGACCAAUGAGUUUUACCUAUUCUAUUGAAAAUGACAUUGAUAAAAACCUUUCUUGUACAUUAACACAGAAAAGAGAAGAAAGAAAAAACAUGCAACGCUGUAUUUUGAAUAUUAUAAACCAGCCUGAUUCUCAUUCAGUGUGUCUAUACACGGCUUGGUACAGGAUUUUACAGUUUCCUAGGAAACGCAUUUUAUUGCUAUCCAGGUACAUGGAUAAACUUUUCUUUACAAUCCCAGUUCCAAUGGACUUUGUUUACAUCCAGUGAUGGACAGGGGUUAUCGAUACUGUUCCAUGACUAUUUGUAUUGUGUGUAAGCCAUCAGAAUUUGUGUGCCCCCUCGGGGCACUUGGUACAAUCUUCAGUGAAACCAAGAAUGGUGCAGUAAUCAUGUCACCGAGGGUCAGAUUAGCCCCCUGGUCUGGAUUUUCUGUUUCCAGAUCCUUUUGUUCAUACAAAGUUGUAUCUCUGGAAACUGAACAACUCAGUGAUCUGCAAAUUCUGACUAUCCAGCUGCUGCUGGACUACAACUCCCAGCAACCCUUAAUAGCCAUCAGCAGUCGCUGGUUUCUGUCAGUUGUAGUUCAGCAACAGAUAGAUGCAGAUUGCUCAUAUCCCUGCAAUAUUUUAAGUGCUAAGCAGAAAAGCAUUCCUCUGCCAAUAUUACUGGCAAGUCAAAGACUUUAUUUUUUUAAAUAAUUUUGCAAAUGAGGAGUCAGUGGGAAUGUAUAGAUUGUAUUAUGGAAACAUAUCAGUGUUACAAAUGGGUUUGGAUUAGCCAUUUGGAAAGCAGUUCUUCUAUAUCUCCUUUUCUUAUAAUGGGAUUCGUAUUUAACAUCUAUACUGUGUAUUCAAGUAAGCAUAUUUCUCUUCUCAAACGCAUUUCACAGUAUAUUCCCUUGUUUUCUAUUGGUAAACUUUCAUGUAGUCAUUUCUAAAUUAAGUUCAUUACAUUUCAACAAUAGGCUGUUAUAAUGAGCUUUGUAGUACUAGGGGAUUUAGUGCUCUGUGCAAGAAGGUAAAGAAAGGUAACCAUCCUUCUGGGCACAUGCAGUACUGUGACAUAGGGCAAUGCUGAUCUUUCUUAUACACUCAGCAUGGAAUCCUGUAUCGCCAUUUCCAAGCCAACCCCCAAAACCUGACUGAAGAUUAUUCUUUGGUGCUGUUUAAUGUAGCCCCAGAAACAGAAUGGGCAGCUUUUGUAUCUGACAAAAAAGUGGUACUGGAAUAUUUUCUCCCAGAAAUGCCAGACCCCUGGACAAUCUUCUUAAAAAGCACCAUAUCCCCAUUUUAGAAACAAAUUCUAUUCUUAAAGCAACAGCUUCUUUGACUGUGGAAAAUAAAGCAUAUUUUCAUGUAUAUACAUCAACAUGGUCCCUUAGUUCUCUAGGAGCAAUUACAGCUUUCAAGUCAUGAAUGUAUCUCUCUGAUUCAACCAUCAAUUUUAUAGAAAUUCCAAGCAUAGGCAUCAUGGCAGUACCACAGCUUCAGAAAUAAAAUCUUGGUUUAAAAAUUAGGUUCAGACCCAAAUGUAAGUGAUGACAAGAAUCCACAAAUCAUCUUGGUAAUGGAGAGUUAUAUGAUUUUAUAGCAAUUUAGAUGUAUUUUUACAAUUUGAUAUCUCUAGAAGAAACUUUAUACACACACAGACCCAUAACUUUGGUGACUCAUUAUAAUUAAUGGGAAAAAAUAUACUAUUUACUAUAACCAGUAUAUAUCAUCAAUUUAUUUUCCAUAAACAGACAUUAAACUAUAAGAAAUGUAAUUCUGCAUUUAAAGGUUUUUUUUUCCCUGAAAGCAAGUACUGCUAUAUUUGCUUACCUUUUUCCUUUCUGAAUCCUUUUCCACGGGCAAUAAUGCAUCAUCUACUUAUGACCACUAGGUGGUGAUAUGGUAUCAGUGUCUAUGUAGAUGAUGGCAGCUCCUACUCAUAUACAUAUGUCAAUGCCUAAUAACUGGUUGGGGCUUCUGGAAGUUGUAUUUGCAUGAGCAAGGAAAGAGGUAGAGUCAGCCCGGGUGCAGGCACACAGCAGAUUUUGGCAUGGAAAAUGCAUACUCACACUAAUCACUGUGGUGCACCAUUAGUCUAGAUGAGAACAAUGUAGGCUGUUUGCCACCAGUGACACUUGUUGCUUGGAGUACACGGAUCUUUCUUUCUUAAAAGAACCUAAACCCCAAAAAAGUAACUCAAGUAAAAGUGUUUCUCUAAAUGGUUUUGCAGUUUACAUUCAUUUUCUGUUUUUGGCAGUUUGAGAAAUUUGUGUGCAAAUUGCAUAAACAAACGGUGUAUUACAUGCUGCCUUCCAUAUAGAAAAUGUGCCCCAUCAUCUUUAAUUAGGAGAUAUGCCAACAUAUACCUUCGCUCACCCUAGUUAAUACAAGGACUGCAAAGUAAGCAGAGAAGAUAAUGUUCAGAGUUCCUCUUUAGCCAUGCCAUGUAAUACAUUCAACCAGGCGAAAUGGGUAGAACACUAUUUAUAUAAUAUUUACAGGCAGCCUACGGAAAAUCGCUUUUCUGUCUUUAAGAAGAAAAAAAACUGCUUGGUUUCAACUGAAUCUAAAAUGCUAUUUUGGUUGCUACUAACAAUGAUAGUAGGCCCUACCAUUACACAUUCCUUUCACUCUAAUAUCCAAUAAUCAAAUGCUGUAUAUGGCUUUUCAAUGUGUUUGUUUUUCAACAGAGGCAACAGUGACUUUACCCCUGCAGCUGGUUCAGCCAGGUAAAGCAGUGAAUUACAGUUGUAAUUCUAUUAGCAGUCCCUAUCUACUUGGUACUAAAGUUGAUUCACUACAAAAAUAAAAUUACAUAGUUAUCUAGAGCCUUCUGUACAUAAAUACAUUUGAAAAUAUGCUAGAUUGCUGGCACUGUAGACAUGGAUAUUGUGUCUCUGCUUGCAGCCGCCUGUUUUUAUCUUAUUUUUGUCGUGAAUACAUUUUUGAGGAUGAGAAAGGAGGGAGUUUAUUACAAGAUAGCGCAUCAAAACACAGAAUUCUAAUCCCACAUGGCCAUAAAGAAUAAUAUCUGUAUCAUCUUACAAGCUGAUACAUAGGCCUCGAUUAGAUAUCAGCUCUGAAUAAGGCAAGUUGUUGGCUUUAUCAGUGAGGUACAUUCCUUUCUUUAACACAAUAAUAAAUGUAUAGAAAUACAGGAUGCUGCUAGAUAUCAAAAUAGGUGUGGGAUUUUGAACACGAGCCAACAUCUUUCUAGUAACUGCGGAUAAGUGUUGUAAAACUGGAUUCAAGUGCUAAAAGGAAAUAAAUAUCUGUGAAUAAAUACAAACCUUGGAUGAGAUAUUGCUAUCAAGUAGGGGAUACACUAAUGUUCAGGUUGUCCAAGGGUUGGUAACCCAACUAUCUCUCCUGGCUUUGUAAUGUUAAAUGGAGACAGGGAUUAUAAUGUAGUAAGGUUUGGACUUCAGUGGAUGUAGGAGCAUAGUUAAUACCCAACAAUUCAGAACGUUAUACAAAAUUUAAAAUUGCUAUAAUAGGAGACUUCAUUUUAGAAAGAAAGUUUACAGGUCAGAGGGUAUCAGAAAGCAGCUGUACCGAGUCCUAGAGAACAUUAACUAGAGGUGUGUGUGACUAUCUAGCCCAUAAACCCCACUUCUUGAUGGUUACUCUCUUACUAACCAGGAAAUAUCAAUAGCUACCUAUAAGGUUGAAAGUUGGACUACCAAAUGAUGCAAUUAGCUACUCACAUACUGAGUUAAGAAUCAAAAUACCAAUGCCACAUUAUUAUUAUUAUUGAUAUGAUAGGAGCUCUUCCACUGACCCAUGUGCAGUGGUGUUGAGUGACACUGUAGAUUUACAUUGCCAUCUGUGGCCCUCAGUGUAAAACCCACACUGGAACUUGAUUAGCCAGUUUGUCCUCAUCAGUGUCAUAAUGAUACGUAAUGUUAAAAAUGCCUGAAUAAUUACCAGAAACAUUGUGUUUAGGUUUUUUUUUUAAUAAAUAUAUUAUUUGGCCAUUGUCUUAUAAGGAUCAUGAAUACUGAGAUACAAUAUUUACCCUAAAACACUACUUUUUUUUUUCCUGGUUCCGUUUCUAUUAAGAAAAUAGUGUUCAUUUUGUAGUUUUCUUCCACUUCCCCUAGUGGGCAGCAAACCUUGUAGUCUCCCCAAAAGAGGUGUUUAGGAAGUAUUCCUAAAGGGUUCUAUAACUUAGUUUAACACAGGGAAAGAAGCCCAGUGGUUGCUUUGCUCAUAAACUACUAUCCUUAACAAACCAGCAACUUAAAUUGUUCCUAU